GCCGUUCCGCGCGCGGUCGUCUCUCUUCAUCCGUCCAUCCUCAUCCUCUGUGCGCGGAGAGGGGGAUCGGAGUCGUCGGAGCUACAGCGCACGUGCUCGCCGUCAGCUCGUGCGCGGCGGCGACCGGCGACGAUGUAUAUCCUCGUGCGCGCUCGCGGCUGCGCGCCACGAAGCUUCGGCCGGAAACAGAGCACGCGCGACGGCCGCCAACUGCUCUGCACCGAGGCGCGCAACGCGGCCGGAGCCGCGUACAAAUAGCACCCCUCCCACGACGCAAUGCGCAUCCACAGCUCCACAAGCUAACCUCCCUGCUGCUUACUGCCCACCACCCCCACCAGCUUAUUGGCGUCGCCACACCUCUGCUGCGACAGUGCGACCACGACACUCCUUCGUGAUCCAAUCUCCCCCCUCCCUCCGCAAUCUCCUCGCUCAGCUCGUCCUCGUCGACGAAGAGAGAUCACAGCCUCUCCAUGGCCGCUGAACCUGCAGACACCGGGAGCAGCAAGGGUUCCUCCAUGGCGGACGUGUACAGCGGCGAGCUCACGCCGCUGCAGCGGCACGUCGCCUUCUUCGACCGGGACAAGGACGGCGUCAUCUACCCAUCCGAGACAUACCAAGGGUUCCGCGCGAUCGGGGCCGGCGUGCCGCUCUCCGCCUUCAGCGCCCUCUUCAUCAACGGCCUCCUUGGACCAAAGACGAUACCGGAGAACGACAAGGCUCCAGCCUUCAAGCUCCCCAUUUACGUGAAGAACAUCCAAAAGGGCAAGCACGGAAGCGAUUCGGGCGUGUACGAUGCCAAUGGAAGGUUCGUUCCUGAAAAGUUUGAGGAGAUCUUCAAGAAGCAUGCCCACACUAGGCCUGAUGCCCUGACAGGCAAAGAGCUGCAGGAGCUGCUAAAAGCAAACAGGGAGCCUAAGGACUUCAAAGGAUGGCUGGGUGGUUUCACGGAGUGGAAGGUGCUCUACUCUCUCUGCAAAGACGAAAAGGGGUUUCUUCACAAGGACACUGUCAGGGCAGUCUAUGAUGGCAGCCUAUUUGAAAGGUUGGAGAAGGAGAGGAAGUCCAAGGAGUCUACUAAGAAGAAAUGAUAAGAACAUCAGAAAGAAGCUGUGGAAGAAUUUGUAAACUAUGGCGUGUUGGAUCAGUAAAUUUAUAUCCUAGUUAGUUUGAUGGAUUCCUAUGUCCGUCAAUUCAUCUUUUAUAUAUGUAACAAGGGCCUGUCCUCUCAUCUAAAUUUAUUGAAAGUAUUUUGUAAAUCAUGGUAGGUAAGCUGUGAAUUGCCCUUCAUAGAUUUUCAGUUUACGUUCUA